CGAACGCUGCGACAUGGACGACAACGAAAACUACUUCUAUUGUUACGAUUACUACUACGACGACGGCGACGACGACGGAAGGGAUUUUCGUUCGGAUUUUCCGGGAGGACGCUGCUGGGAACCGGUCGCGGACCCGGUCGUCCUGCAGGAUGCGGCCGGACAGGUUGCCGGCGUCGGACUUGCAGCAGUCGCACAACGCAGAGAAAACGAGCAUAGCAUAAAAAGUCGAAAAUCUAGAACAGCAUUUACGAAAUAUCAAUUGGGAUGGCUCGAGGGAGAGUUUGAGAAGUGCAAAUACUUGACUCGGCUAAGGCGGUACGAAGUGGCUUUAAUACUUGGUCUCACAGAACGACAAGUGAAAGUGUGGUUCCAAAAUAGACGAAUGAAGAAAAAAAGGCUGAACGAAGAAUCCAUUUACGGAUAACAGGAUAACGAAUAAAGAUUGUAUUAUUUGCAUUUUAAUCGUCAAGAGAGAUCACUGAAUCGUGUUUGUACAUCGUGGCAUUAUUUUAUAAUAUGUGCACUAGUUUUUUUUAUUCACUGUUUAAUCCUUAAUGGAAAUUUGAUUGUAUAAAUGGAUUAUUCCACCUGCCACGGGGAUUAAGAGUAUUAAAAAUUUAAAAAAAAACCUUUUUAUUUGUUCGCAACAAUAACCAACAAUCUUUUUUAGAACUGCCACCAAACAAGAUGUUUUAGACUUUUAAACCUGAUUAUAUUUUGAUUGUUAACAAAUGUCAUGAUUUGGCAUUAAUUGAACUCAUAAAAAAUAAUAACAAUAAUAAUAAUAAUA